AUGGCGAUGAAGCGAAAUGGGAAGUCGCAUGUCUCCUCCGACUCUGAUGAACAAUUCAUGUCCUUCAAGGAUGUCUCUCUAGGUCCCCAUGAAGCUCAACUACGCUUCCGACUCAUCCAUUUCUGGGAGGCUCGGAACCCGGUGAAGAAGACACUGAUUGGCCUCGAAAUGCUCCUCAUCGACGAACAGGGAACUGUUAUUCAAGGAUUCAUCCCACCGGGGCUAAUUAAGAAGUACUUGCCAGAUAUGAAACGCGGAUCAGUUUACAUGCUCAUCAAUUUCUACGGAUCGAAAAACAAACCGGUGUAUCGGGUUGCUGAUCAUGUCGCAACCGUGUCUUUCGCAUGGAACUCUGAAAUGUCGGUUCUUCACGAGAUUCCCAUCUCUUUUGAUGAAGACCGUUUCAGGUUUCAUUCACAUGAAGAUUUUGAAGCCAACUGUGAUCUCAAAGGUGACCUCUACGAUGUUAUUGGCCACAUGAAGCUGGUCGAUGGACAGACUCUUAUUGAGCGUCCCAGCCUUGACGAUGUGAAGAUUGCUACCACUCGGCAUAUUGUGAUUCAUGUGCAGUCGCAUGAUGGACCUGUGCUGAAGCUCUACCUUUGGGACCAGGCUGCAACAGACUUUUGCAGGAAAUUCAACUCCUGUGAAAACAUUCCGACAGUGCUUUUGGUCACAACUGUUAACACUAAACGUCUCGGAGGAACCCUUGCCCUAUCCUCUAUGUCCCCCACACGGGUCUUCAUGGACUAUGAUGUCCAACCAACCAGGGAUUAUUUCACCUGGCUGGGCUCUAACCCAGAGAUUGCUAACCAAGUUUGCGCCGACGUCAUCACUAAGCGUGAGACACUGUCUAUAGCAGAAAUAUUCUCCUAUAUGACUCAGGAAUCUGCAAAGGCUGCCUUUUUCGAGUGCACGGCUACUAUUGAUGAUGUUGUUCAUGGCUCUCCUUGGUACUACAUUGCAUGCAGUGGGUGCCAUUCUAAGGCUACCAACGGCCCAAGUUCGUUGAUUUGUACAAACACAAAAUGUCAGAAGGUUAACACAACUGGCGUUCCAGAGUAUGUUACCUCGCCUUAA